CCGCCGCAGGGCACAUGACUGCGGCCUCCGCCCCCGCCCGCCUCCCCGCGCAGUCGCCGGCGGUUGCCUCGCGGGGUUGCGGCGAGCCCGGCCCGCGAACGUCACGUCCCUGCGCGCUCCCUGCACUCUCCCGAGCUGCGCUAGGCGGGCGCCACGGCUGCCCGGCGAAGGAAACCGAAACCGAGUCCGGGCCCGUCCCUCCGCGGCCCCAUCCGCCUGGUGCACCCGGGACCGCGCUCGCCAGGCCGCGGAGCCCAGAGCUGCGCGCACGAACCGGGCGCCGGGAGGGCGUGGCGCCGAAGGGUCCCUGGUCUUCGACGCCUCUGCGGCGGCUCCUCCCUCCUUGCAGUUGGAUCCCGGGCGGGUGCGGCCCGGCCCGGCCCGUGAGCGGCGCACAGAAUGGGCCGAUGCUGCUUCUACACGGCGGGGACGUUGUCCCUGCUCCUGCUGGUGACCAGCGUCACGCUGCUGGUGGCCCGGGUCUUCCAGAAGGCUGUAGACCAGAGUAUCGAGAAGAAAAUUGUGUUAAGGAAUGGUACUGAGGCAUUUGACUCCUGGGAGAAGCCCCCUCUGCCUGUGUAUACUCAGUUCUAUUUCUUCAAUGUCACCAAUCCAGAGGAGAUCCUCAGAGGGGAGACCCCUCGGGUGGAAGAAGUGGGGCCGUACACCUACAGGGAACUCAGAAACAAAGCAAAUAUUCAAUUUGGAGAUAAUGGAACAACAAUAUCUGCUGUUAGCAACAAGGCCUAUGUUUUUGAACGAGACCAAUCUGUUGGAGACCCUAAAAUUGACUUAAUUAGAACACUAAAUAUUCCUGUAUUGACUGUCAUAGAGUGGUCCCAGGUGCACUUCCUCAGGGAGAUCAUCGAGGCCAUGUUGAAAGCCUAUCAGCAGAAGCUCUUUGUGACUCACACAGUUGACGAAUUGCUCUGGGGCUACAAAGAUGAAAUCUUGUCCCUUAUCCAUGUUUUCAGGCCCGAUAUCUCUCCCUAUUUUGGCCUAUUCUAUGAGAAAAAUGGGACUAAUGAUGGAGACUAUGUUUUUCUAACUGGAGAAGACAGUUACCUUAACUUUACAAAGAUUGUGGAAUGGAAUGGGAAAACGUCACUUGACUGGUGGAUAACAGACAAGUGCAAUAUGAUUAAUGGAACAGAUGGAGAUUCUUUUCACCCACUAAUAACCAAAGAUGAGGUCCUUUAUGUCUUCCCAUCUGACUUUUGCAGGUCAGUGUAUAUUACUUUCAGUGACUAUGAGAGUGUACAGGGACUGCCUGCCUUUCGGUAUAAAGUUCCUGCAGAAAUAUUAGCCAAUACGUCAGACAAUGCCGGCUUCUGUAUACCUGAGGGAAACUGCCUGGGCUCAGGAGUUCUGAAUGUCAGCAUCUGCAAGAAUGGUGCACCCAUCAUUAUGUCUUUCCCACACUUUUACCAAGCAGAUGAGAGGUUUGUUUCUGCCAUAGAAGGCAUGCACCCAAAUAAGGAAGACCAUGAGACAUUUGUGGACAUUAAUCCUUUGACUGGAAUAAUCCUAAAAGCAGCCAAGAGGUUUCAAAUCAACAUUUAUGUCAAAAAAUUAGAUGACUUUGUUGAAACGGGAGACAUUAGAACCAUGGUUUUCCCAGUGAUGUACUUCAAUGAGAGUGUUCACAUUGAUAAAGAGACGGCGAGUCGACUGAAGUCUAUGAUUAACACUACUUUGAUUAUCACCAACAUACCCUACAUCAUCAUGGCGCUGGGUGUGUUCUUUGGUUUGGUUUUUACCUGGCUUGCAUGCAAAGGACAGGGAUCCAUGGAUGAGGGAACAGCGGAUGAAAGAGCACCCCUCAUUCGAACCUAAACAUUGCCUUUGCUUGGUGAAGAAACUGUGUGAGCUGUCCUGACCUGGACGAUGACGUGGGGAAACCCUCCACCUCCUUGCAGGCUUGUUGCCUGUUGAAAGAAGGAAAAAGACACGGCGCUGGCAAGUGAUAGGAACAUUCUGGCCAGAGGUUAAAGAGCAGGCUGACAUGGCUGGCCAUUAAGCUUUAUGAAAUCAUGUGGGCUCUGAAAUUGUUCUUUUAUGUGUCUAGCAAGUAUUUAAUAAACCCUUGUAUAGUAA